AUGGGUCAUCCAGAAAUUUAUCCUUUAGUGUUAACUACCAAGACCCAAGAAAUAUUCAACUGCCGAAUAGAUGAAGACCUGACAGAUGAACAACCUUAUAAACUUAUCAAAAAACAAGAUAUUUUGACAGACUUUUACAACAGAGCUGCAGUAUCUGAUUUCCACCCAGUCAAAAAAGUCAUCCAGAACUAUCCUGGAGAUGAAAUUCUGAUUGUUUAUGACAAAGACUUCAAAUAUGGACUCAACUUUUAUGUUAUUGGAACGGAAGAGGGCAAGGAGAACUAUUUAAAUCCCCCAGAAACUCCAGAAGAACAGGAGGAACAUAAAGAAUUUAAAGAGCAUGCUUCUGAAGACACGUAUCUUUAUAAGCCACCUGUCUCUAAGCCGUGGGUUUCUUUGGGCAGUGAAAUAGAAAUUGAGGAGGAAUCAGUAAAGGGAUCUACAAAGCAGAUUACGUAUAUGAUUUCUCGAAAACGAAGAGAAUUUGGUGCACCAAUUAAGUUCAGUGACCAGAAUGCUUCCAGUGUAAAAGAUGCCUGUAUUGAAUGUAUAGCCUACCCAGACAGAAACUUUGUUAUCAAGCAGUUGGAGAGAGAUGUUGGCAUGCAAGUAGUCCCCCAAGUCAAGGACACAAGUACUCAGACAAAAUGGACAUAUCCCAAAAAUGCGACUACACAAUAUUAUCCGAGAGAAUUUUUAGAAGAGGAAAAAGAAAUACUUGGACAAUCAAAGCCUUUAGCUGAUUUUCUUAACAACAUGUCCAUAAGUGUUGAAAUAGCCCUGCAACAAAAUGAAAUCACGAACACAUUUAUUGAUGACUGGAAAUGUCUAGCAGAAGAAGAAGGCACCUUUGGGGACAAGACCGAUACCCACCUGAAGGAAUACCAGUCCUUUACCGACCUUCAUAACCUAACGGAGAAAAUGAUCACCUGUGUCUCCUGGCAUCCGGAUAUCUAUGGGCUAAUAGUUGUGUCGGUGGCCAUGCGACUCUCCUUUGAAGAGAGAGUUCACUUUUCUGGUAAAUUAUUGCUGCAACCAUCACUGAUUCUUUUCUGGAGCUUCUCUGAUCCCAUACAUCCUCAGUUAAUGCUGGAGAGCCCAGAGGACAUUUUCUGCUUCAAGUUCUGUCCAUCUGACCCUAACAUUAUCGCUGGAGGCUGCAUCAAUGGGCAGAUUGUCUUGUGGGACAUUACCAGACAUGUCGACCGCAUAGAACACAUAAAGACCGGCAGCAGUAGAAGUAAAAAAGCCACACUCAAGCCCAUGUUUCUCCUUGAACCAGACAUUAAUAAAGAAGCGAUGUAUAUCAGACACUGCGCAGUCUCCUCCAUAGAAAAUGGACAUAAGAAAGUGAUUACAGAUAUACACUGGCUGCCUAACACAUUUGAGAUUAACAGAAUGGGUUCCGUCUUUGAGAAUCGAAGUGGGAUAUGCUGUCAACUUGUCACCUGCUCUGCAGAUUGCACAGUAUGUUUUUGGGACAUCAGACAACAGAAAACUGCAACCCCUCAACCAACAGAAAAAAAGAAAGAAGAAAGUAUUGAAAUUCCUUCUGACAUACCACCUACUUUUUUGCAUCUAGAUCUCUCCUGGAAACCUCUCUCUAAGCUAAAACUAUCUAGAGGUGAUACAAGUUUAGACCACUGCUCAACCAGGAUAAGCCUGAAUGAAGACUAUGUCCUUUUCAGAACACAAGAAAGGGUGUUAUCUCAGAACAAAGUCAUAAACGCCGAAGGAAUGAACCCAUACCAUAACCUGGAGAGCGGGCUGGCCAAUAUCCUCAAGCCAAUAGAAGACUUCUCUACAAAGUUCUUUGUGGGAACAGAGGAAGGCGAAGUGUUAUACGCAGAUUGGAAAAUGGAAAGAGACUCUGAAACUGGCCGAUUGAUGACAAAGAAGCCAGUGAGCCUCAACAGUGUCCAUGAUGGUGUCGUCCACACUGUUCAGAGGUCACCUUUUUACAAGGACAUUAUCCUCACCAUUGGGGGAUGGAACGUGGCCAUCUGGAAGGAAGGUGUCAUGACUGGACCCCUCCUUCAGUCAUCCUGUGCUCCGAAAAGGUUCACCUCGGGGCACUGGUCUCUGACAAGGCCCGGCGUCUUCUACAUUGGCCGAGAGGACGGCUGUGUCGACAUCUGGGACCUUCUAGAGAAAACCCAUGAACCAGCCCAGUCACAAAACAUCUGCAUAACUAUGAUCACCUGCAUCAGACCCUGGAACUUUUCUGCUAAGCAGCAAUUCAUAGCCAUAGCUGAUUAUUACGGAACACUGCAUAUAUUAGAGAUUCCUUGGACAUUAAGUCACCCUUCCUCCAAUGAGGUAUCAAGUAUAAGCUACUACUUUGAAAGAGAAGUCAAACACCUGGAAUACGUGGAACAGCGCAAGAAAAUCCGUGAGCAAGAAAAGAAAGAAAUGGAGCAGGAGACGGAGAAGAAAAAAGUUAGAAAGUAUCAGAAGGGAAAAGAACAACUGGAUGCCGAGCUGAAGAUGGACUACGAGAGUUACCUGGACCUGGAAAAGACUGUCCUCAUCAACCUGGGCAUGAUCAGAGUGUCGGACACGCGGUCGUUCAUGGAGGUAGUGUAG